UCAGGAGCAGCAGGAGGAGGAGAGCCGACCCUUCCAGCGCCGCUCUCCGGGCGAUGCCAGUGUAAAUGCCAGGGCGAUGUCCCGACGCAAGCAGGGGAACCCGCAGCACCUAUCCCAGAGAGAAAUAACACCAGAGGUUGAGCAUCCAGAUGGCUGCCUGCUCUCCGACUCCUUACCCCCCCACCCGCUCAGCCUGCCCUCACACCCGCUUGGCCUCCCUUCCCACCCAUUGGAGCCCAGCCUGGCCCACGCCCUGCCACCUGGCCUCCAUGCUGACCACGACCUGCUGACCUGUGGCCAGUGCCAGAUGACCUUCCCUCUGGGUGACAUCGUUCUCUUCAUUGAGCACAAGAAGAAGCAGUGCCAAACGCCACUGCUAGCCAAUGGCUGCUACGACAAGAUGACUGACCGGGGAGGAGGAGGAGGGAGUCCCACUCUGCAUGGCCUUCAUCACCACAGUCAGCGGGUAGAGCUCAGGAAGGUGGUAGAGCCAGUGGAGAUCGGCAUCCAGGUGACACCCGAGGAGGAGGAGGAGGUGGGAGGAAGAAGAGGGGAAGGAGGUGAGAGGGGAGAGAGGACGCCCACCAAAGGAAUUUGCCCCAAGCAGGAAAACACACCAGCAGGUGGCAGGGAUGAGCCUUCCAGCUAUAUAUGUACCACAUGUAAGCAGCCCUUCCCUAGUGCCUGGUUCCUGCUACAGCAUGCCCAGAACACCCAUGGCAUUCGCAUUUACCUGGAGUCCAACCCCUCCAGCACAGCCCUCACCCCACGCAUCACUAUGCCUCCGCCCAUGGGCAACGACUCAAUUCCGCCGUCCCCCCUCACCAACUUUCUUGGGGACAACAAUCCCUUCCACCUCUUGAGGAUGACAGGUCCCCUGCUCCGAGAGCCUCCCCCAGGCUUUGUAGAGAACCGCCUCCCCAACACUCCUCCAUUCGUCAGCCCUCCUCCCCGCCACCAUCUGGACCCCCACCGGCUGGAACGCCUUAGUGCAGAGGAAAUGGGCCUCAUCUCCCAGCACCCCAGUGCCUUUGAGAGGGUGAUGCGGCUGACACCCAUGGCCAUGGAGUCCCAGUCAAUGGACUUCUCCAGACGGUUACGUGAGUUGGCAGGGAAUACCAACAGCACCACACCACCGUUGUCACCCAGCAGGGCCAACCCUAUGCACCGACUACUAAACCCCAACCCCUUCCAGCCUGGGCCAAAAUCUCCCUUUCUGAACACGCCUCCAUUACCGCCAAUGCCCCCAAACAGCACCACCCCUCCACAGACACAGAACAAGGUCAAGUCCUGUGAGUUCUGCGGUAAGACCUUCAAGUUUCAGAGCAACUUGGUGGUGCAUCGUCGCAGCCAUACUGGUGAAAAACCUUACAAGUGCCAGCUGUGUGACCAUGCCUGCUCUCAGGCAAGCAAGCUGAAGCGCCACAUGAAGACCCACAUGCACAAGGCUGGAUCUCUGACGGGGCGCUCAGACGAUGGACUGUCUACCACGAGUUCCCCGGAGCCAGGCACCAGUGACGUCACAGGUGAGGGGAUGAAGAAUCGUGAUGGGGACUUCCAUGGGGAAGGCAAUGAGGAGGAAGAAGAGGAGGAAGAAGAAGAGGAACUUGAGAAUGAGAGUCGACCAGAAUCUAACUUUAGCAUGGAGUCUGAGUUCUACCGGAACAGGGAGAAUGGUUCUAAACCGCCCUCAGAGGAGAAGUCAUCACUUGCCCUUGAGAAGAUGGUGGAAGGUGGGGGGCUCAACUCUAUACAGCAGUACAAUAAUUUGAUAGUUGACAAUCGUAAAAGGAUGCCCUUCUCCAAGAGGGGUUCAGAUGGCCAGCGGGACACUGGGGAUGAGGACUCAGUGGCAGGGGAGAUGGACCACCACCACCAGCAGGAAGAGAGGACCACCAUUAAUGGCCGGAACUGUGGCUCUGGUGACUCUUUCGCAGGCCUGUUCCCACGUAAGCCCACCCCCAUCACCAGCCCCAGCCUGUCCAACUCUUCAAAUAAAAGGAUCAAAAUCGAGAAGGACUUGGACAUUCCUCCAGCACCCCACAUCCCUUCUGAGAACGUCUAUUCCCAGUGGUUGGUGGGUUACGCUGCCUCACGCCACUUCAUCAAAGACCCUUUCCUAGGUUUCACCGACUCCAGACAAUCUCCUUUUGCCACCUCCUCUGAGCACUCGUCAGAGAAUGGCAGCUUGCGGUUCUCAACGCCUCCGGGCGAUCUGCUGGACGGUGGCCUGUCGGGCCGCAGUGGCACUGCCAGUGGGGGCAGUACGCCUCAUCUGGGUGGAGGCCCUGGCCCGGGUCGACCUAGCUCCAAGGAUGGCAGGAGGUGUGACACCUGUGAAUUCUGCGGCAAGGUGUUCAAGAACUGUAGCAACCUGACGGUGCACAGGCGCAGUCACACUGGUGAAAGGCCCUACAAGUGUGAGCUGUGCAACUAUGCCUGCGCCCAGAGUUCCAAGCUCACACGCCACAUGAAGACACAUGGCCAGCUUGGUAAGGAGGUCUACCGCUGUGACAUUUGCCAAAUGCCCUUCAGCGUGUACAGCACUCUGGAAAAACAUAUGAAAAAAUGGCAUGGAGAACAUUUGAUGACCAAUGAGGUCAAAAUUGAACAAGCAGAAAGAACCUAAAGCAGGUUCUCUAUUUCCAUACUCUGCGCCACACUUUGACUUAAAAAAUAAAUGGGGUAGCUGGAUACUCUUUUUCUGAAAUAUUAAUUUUGGGUUAAUUUUGUGUUUUUACCUAAGAAACUGCCAACUGAGAAAAAAGUAAAAACAGAGAUCUUAACACCAAUUGAAGCUGUCUAAACUGCCUCAUUUGGCGUUCCUUUUUAAACAAUCAGUCAGUUGAGUUAUAACAUAUGUGGAGCCUUUAACUGUGCAAUAAUUUCUGUAUUUAUUGGAGUUUGUAUUUUGGCAUGUGCAGGUACAUUUUUAUUUAGGCAUCUUUUUUUAAAAAUUGUUUGACUUUGAGUUAAUCUGUUUUUUAAAAACCCACAUGAUAUCCUGAGAGUUUUUCUUUUUUUAGAAGACAAAAGUCCAUUUUAAGUAAACUUUUUGGGGCCGCUACAUGUAGGAAAUUGUAUAUUAAGCUAAACGUGAUUUCUUGAAGAGAGUUUGAAUUCAGUCUUCAAUUUGGAAGUGGCGUUAACUGAGAAUGCUAGAAUUAGUUUAUUUUGUGUGAUCAUACGCGGACAACAAUCCUUUGGCAUUGUAGCAUGAACUGACUCUAAAAUAUGUCAAUAUAAUUGGAUAUGUAGCACUGAGUGUCACAUUUAACAGUAAAUGUUAAAUCAAAGAGGUUUCCUCCUAAAAACACCAUAACCAGCCAGAAGAAACUGAUUCUAGAUAAGGCAGCUGCUGACUGGUACACAGUACCAGGCCUUGACAACGCUACGACAACCAUCCCUCAUUUCUUCUGCUUUCCACACCCCCCUCCUCUUACUACCGUCUUACCUACAUCCACACUUCCAUGUAUUAUAUUUUGCAUGAAGCCAUAUGAUCUAGGCUAUAUUAUUUAUUAGGAGUAAACUGAGCAUGAAGCCAUGCAAAACAAGUAUAUGUAGACAGAGAUGGAAGAACGAGGUAUGAGAGUGAGCACAGGGACAUCUCAGGGUGAGCUAUACUACUUUUCUUUAUUUAUCCACUCAUUCCUACGUUCCAUUUCCAUUUCAUCAUAUGUUAAAAUCAUUAGGGACACACAGUUAUGUCCUCUUGCCUCCCUCUGCCCCGCUCUAUCUGGCCAGUUUUCAAGCUUUAUCUUCAUUUCAAAGUUCACAUUUAUAUUUGAAGUCACGGCUUCUAAUCAUGAAUUUGUUAAGAGAGGGUUAAAUAUAUGUGCAUACAUGGCAGAUGCGGCCACUUUAACUGGAUUUCUGCAGAAAAUUUAUGUCUCACAUUUUAUUGUCAAAAUUUAUAAAAAAAUUAACACCCCUAUGCAUUUUUUGUGAUAAAAAUGCGUUACAAUUUGUCAAAAUGGCAUUAGUAGUAAAUUUUGACUUGUAUUGUUAUAGUGAUUCUAUAAUUGUAUAAUCUGAUGAAUGAAGUCACCUCUCCAAGAAUAAGAAUCCUUCAAAGUUUCACUGUUACUUGUGGGAAGAUUGCGUAGAAGAGGAAAAAUGUGUGUGUGCUGAAAUAGUAAGACGAAUGUUAAGACAAGCAGCACCAGCUCGCGUCAUGCUCCUUUUGUAAUUUGAAAUAUCAUAACCCCAGUUUUCUUUCAUAGUGGCACUUUUUUUUAAUUUCAAAAUCAGAUUUCAUUUACUGUUGUCAAUAUACAAAUUCAAAGCUCUUAAUAACAGACCCGCACUUUAUGAUUUUCUGUCCAACACACAGAAAACUGGACGGAAAAGGUACUAAAAGGGUCUAGAGCUUGGGAUCUGCUGACACUGAAGUGCCCAGGGUUGUUAGGCUUGGCUUUCCCAAUGCUGGCACUAUAAAAUAAAAUAAUAAUGAUAAUAAUAAUAAUUUAUCCGUGACAGUUUUUGUACUGCCAUUCAAUUUGACAUGAGUGUGCCUUGAAUAAUGAUCUUCCUAUUUAUUGUCUCAGACAAAUGCAAGUUUUUAUGAAGCAACAAAUUGAACAAGAAAAAAACUCCAAUUUUAUUAAUUUUGAUGUGUAAUUUGACAUUUCAACAGAAUAAUUUCAAUUCAUACAAAUGAAACAAAGCCGAGUUUGGGUUUAGGAGUACCCAGCACAAUAAUGGUGUGUCUGUUUGUGUAUAUAUGUAUGCAUAUGUACAUAUAAAGGCACAAACAUAUAUACAGAUAUAUAUCAAAUUCCUCACUCAUAAGGACCAGAGUCCCUCAACAGAAAAUUUCAGGAGUGAACAAAAGCCACACAAAAGUCAAGGAAGAGACUGGACCGAAAUCAGGAAUGGCAGAAACUAAGAAAAAAAAAUUAGUGCACUCUGUCUAAAAAUAAGUUUACAGUAUUGAAACAAGUACAAGGGUGAAAUAAUAUUUGUGUGUAUGUGUGUUUUGAAGAAUCAAGUAUUUUUUUUCUUUCAAGUUUGCUUCUACAAUUCCUCUAAAUGCCGUGGUGGCAAUGUCUGUAUUAUUUUUUGUUCUUUUUACUUUUGUUUUUUUCUUUCUUUUUUUUUUGGUGACGGGGUUUUAGUAUAUAUAUAAAUAUAUAUGAAUAUAUAUUACAUUUUCUUGUUUACUGUAAAAGUAUACCAGUAUUUGUAAUAUUGGAGAAUGCCUGGGCAUUUUACAAAAAUAGAAAAAAGAUUGUUUUUUAUUAUUUUUUUUGCAGUCCAAUUUAAAUUGUGGGUCUCUUAAACUGUUUUUGUCACUGUAACUGUAAAAGUCUUAAGUUUUAGUAACUUUUAUUCUGCCUUGGGUGUAAUGAAAUAAAAAAUAAAUAAAUUAAAAAAUGAA